UCUAAAAAAGCGUGUGUACUUUGCAAAAUUUGUUUUGUUUUUGCAGAUUUUCAUUGUGUUCCGCUAUUUGUCUUUCAUCUCUGCUUGUUUUGUGAUGUCUGGGCUAGGGAAUUCGGGGAUAUAUAAAGGCCCCACAGGUCUUCGGAAUACAGUCACUAUUGUUUCAAAGCACAACAAUGAAGCUAGCCACCUAUCUCGUGGCCCUGGUCCUGUUCGCCGGAUUCUUCCUGCUCCAGCCUUCCUCGGCGCAGACGAACUCCACGACCACCACCAAUAGCACCACUACCACGGAUGCCAAUUCCACCACGACCACUGUCACGCCCAAAACUGUUCACAGAAAGUAUUUCAGAAUCACUGGCUUAAAAUACAAACUCAUUCGCCAUAUCAUAAACAAGAAGAAGUCCGGCUAAAAUAGACGCUGGUUUACGAAGGUUUUG